AUGGGUGUUACAAAUUUAUGGCAGAUUUUGUCUCCGAUCCAACAGCAUAAGCCAUUAUCUUCUCUUAAAGGUCAGACUGUAGCCAUUGACUUGAGUAUUUGGGUUUGUGAAAAUCAGUGCGUUAAACAGAUGCAAGGAGUAGUCACACGGCCAUAUCUCAGAAAUCUAUAUUUCCGAAUAAGUUGCCUUUUACAGUUAGGUAUAAACUUGAUCUUUGCUGUAGAAGGAGAAGCUCCAGAUUUGAAGCAGGAGACCAUGAGCAGACGACAGGAAGUCCAAUAUCCAGGGAAGAGAAAGGGGCCACCAAACAGAAAGAAGAGCAGAUCACAUUUCAAUGCAAAAUUGAGAGAGUGUUGUGAAAUGUUGGAUUACCUUGGUGUGCCCUAUAUACAGUCACGAGGUGAAGCAGAAGCUCUAUGUGGAUUAUUAAAUGCUGCCGGGAUUGUUGAUGGAUGCAUCACCAAUGAUGGGGAUGUGUUUUUGUAUGGAGCUAAAACUGUGUUUAGGAAUUUCUCAAUAACCUCUAAGGAUCCUCAAGUUGAGAUAUACAGUAUAUGUGAUAUUGAACAGAAGCUUGAUCUUAACAGAGAAAAAAUGGUAGCACUUGCACUAUUAGUUGGAUGUGACUAUGUACCAAAAGGUGUACCAGGAGUAGGGAUAGAGAAGGCCAGUAAAUUAUUGGCUGGUUAUAAAGAUAUCAGUCCUCUUCGAAGAUUUAAAAGCUGGAAAAGAUUGUCUGAUGCUGAAUGUUUGGAUGCCAUAGAAGUUCAGAUAAAAAGGAAAGCUGCUUUAGUAUCAGAUUUUCCACAGAAAAGGAUUAUUGACGAGUUUAUGAUACCAAAAGAUCAUCUGCCAUCAAGACAUUUCAAAUGGAAUCGACCAAAGCUGGUUCUGCUGCAGACAUUUUCACUUUGUAAGCUAGAAUGGCCAGAGGAAUACACACAAGACAAAUUAUUACCUCUCAUUACACUCUGGGAUAUGACAGACAUUUCAAAAGGCGGACAACAUGGUCAUCUUGUACCAUAUAGAAUAGUGAAAGCUAGAGUAAGACAUGGGAUACCAAGUGUGGAGGUGGAAUGGCACAAACAAGCUGAUGAUCACAUUUGUCAGACAGAUUACUAUGUAACCAUAGAAGACCGAGAAUUAUUUUCACAAUGUUUUCAUCAACUCAUAGAAGAAUUUGAAAUUGAGGCAGCUAAGAAAAAAUCAAAAUCAAAAGGAAGAAAGAAGAAGGUACAGGAUGCAGAAAAUGUUGACAUGCAACGUGAACAAACAGAUGUUGAUGUCUUAACAGACAAGUUGGACAGUUUACAAUUGAAACCAUUAGAAACAAGGAAGAUAACUCCAGAAGAACACAUUUCGUCAAAAAGGAAUAAUUUACAGUUGAAAUCAAUGACAACAGGGAAAAUAACUGGAAUUGGGGAUGUUUUAUCAAAUGAGCCUUGUGAGGGUGAAGAGGAAAACUUGACGGGGCUGGAAACAUCUGUAGCACUUAAGUUUGAAGAUAAAUCUUCAUCUUCAUUUGAAGAUACUAGUGAAAUUGAAGUUUCUUACGCUGAAGAAAACUUGAGCUUAAGAUCGCGUUUGACUAGGAAGACUAGUGCUUCUAUUGACCUAAAAUCAGAAUGUGAUUUCAAUUUGAAAAAUCUUCACUCCGAUCAAAAACAAAUCACUGAUUUUGUUGACUCCGAGAAUGAAAGUGAAAUUGAUUUGAGUUCGCCUGCAAUUUCACAUUUGAACCCAAAUAUUGAAGUAAAAGACCAAAUUUCUGACUGUGAUGUUGAGUCAAAAUUUAAUUAUCAAAAGGAAAACUGUCUCAGCUGCACACCUGACACAAAUGUAAAAAGUGCCGUUAAAUUUAUAGAUUUAUCUGUUUUAACACCAGAAAAAGAAAAAGAUUGUAAAAGAGUUUCAGCAAGAUGUCAACCAGAUUUAGUAGAAGACAGUAGUAUGAAAAUAUAUGAUGUGUCAGAUUUCAGCCAUAUUGGAAGAUUGAACUUUGAACUGAAUACACCUAACAUGUCAAGAUUGAAAAAUUUGUCUCCCUCUCUUUAUCAAACUCUACUAGAAUCAACACCAACAAGUAGUUCUAAAUUAAGAAAGGCUGCCUUACUGAAAAGUAUUUUAAACAGCCCACUUCAGGUAGAAAGGAUCUUGAACAAAGUUGGAAGCAAAAAUGAUUUCUUAAGCCCCCUUAGUGGUCAUAUGGGUGGGGUGUCUAGUGCUGAAAAAUCGUUGAAUAUCAGUAAAUUUUCCAUUAAUGGAUCUAUGUCAGAUUUGGGCAAUUUUCAGAUUGAAUCGUCACUACUAAAGUCAAUCAUUGCAAGUGGUGGUAGUAUUACAACAUCACCUCAUUUUGAACAACCAAAAAAUGAUCAAACUCCUCUUAUGAAGGUACAAAAGGAUCAUGGGAUUGAGAAUUCUAAUAUCCAUACACCAGCAGAGAAAAACAUUGUUAGCAAACUGGCUUUUGAUGAAAAUAGUCCCUUAAUACCUUUUCAGGGAAACUUAUUUCAGCAUGUAUUGAAAGGAACUUCAAAAAUGUGUAAGUCAGAUUUCGAAAGUCCUUGCAAUCAUAUGGGAAAUAGUGCAGUAAUUGAUCUCACCUGUGAAACCCCUAAAUAUGGUAAAUGCCGGACUGUCCUGGAUUUGGAUGAAAGUUGUUAUGACAUUAAAUCUAAAAAGAGUUCCAGUGCAGUUGAAUAUAUACCAGAUUUACCAGAUGCUAGCAUUAAUUUGAAACCAAUCAUUUCUGCAGUGUCUGUGGAAAGAAACAAAGAAAAUUUUGUCAAAAGAGAAUGUAAUGCUACAAUUAAAGAUUUAUGUGAAAAUUCAAUAACAAAAUUAAAUCCCUCUGACAAUGUAUACUUUUCAGAUUUUGAACUUGAAGCAUGUGAUCAAAGGGGAAAAGAAUCUGGCAGAAUUGAUAGUGAAUUUGGUAUAAAUUAUAUUAAUCUACCUAAUAUGGACAACAUGGACAAAGCACUUGAUUCAACCUAUGAACUUUCUACUCCUAGUCGAGAAGAAAAAGAUUGUAACUUUUCUAGUGCUUUUCUUGUCGACAAAGAUUCAUCGAAAAUAUUUGAUUGCUCUCCGAGUUUACAGGAAAAGGAAAAUACUAUAGAUGUUCAUACAGAGAUAAAUCACAAUGUAAUGAAACUUGGAACAAAAUUAGAUUUAACAUUUGAAGAGAAAAGUCCAGUCUCAUUGGCUGAUAGACUAAGGAGGAAACUUAAUGUUACAUCAAUGAAGGGGGUUCUGCAGGAAGUGACGGGAAAUUAAAUCAAUGA